CGUUCCGUAAAUUUUUUUGUAGUGAAGUCAGAAAAUGACAACUAGGCAAAGAGUACCGCCACCACCUCAGCCUGUGCCGUAUCCCCCGCCCCCGCCAAUAAAGCCGAGACAAGGGCCCUGCCCCUACCUCUGCAGUUUGAUACCUACCGAUGUUCCUGAGCCUGAAAAAACGCAAGCAGUACUGCAUCCCGGGAAAGAUGUAUUUGUCCUAAAGGUAGCGAAGGUGGGACUUAAUCGCGAACGGCGCUGCAGAAUGGAGCUUGAACUAGUGACACCAAAGUUUCCUACCAAGCCCGAGCCGUACCGCGUGGAUACCCGAGAAACGCAAUGUGAACCGGAGUGCGACUGCUGUUGUACAAAAUUAAGGCGAAAGAAGAAGUAG